AUGGAGAUCUCUCGGGCUUCAGCAUUGGUCUCUCAGGCAAAGCAAUCUCUGGCUUCCUGUCAAUCUCUCCUGGACUCUAAUCCUAGAGAUAUUCAAUUAAAGUUACAAGAGAAGGAGCUUAUGCAACAUUAUUCUAGUUUGGUUCUUGCUGAUGAGCACUUUAUCAAGCAGAAGGCUAAGCAAAGAAAAAGCCCGGGGCCUGAUGGUUUCAAUGCCCACUUCUUCCACAAGGCAUGGCCUGUGAUUGGCAAUGAUGUGAUCAAAGCCAUAAAAGACUUCUUUGUCACUGGCAAGCUCCUUAGAGAGGUUAAUAAUGCCUACAUUGCACUUGUCCUAAAAUAUCAAAACCCCUCAUCCCUUAAUGAUUUUCAUCCUAUUUCCUGCUGUAACACUUUAUAUAAGUGCAUAACCAAGAUUUUGGCAAAUAAGCUCAAGCAAGCCCUACCUUCCACCAUUGACCCUUGCCAAAAUGCUUUCAAUAAAGGAAGACAUAUUGGGGAUAGUGUUUUGUUGGCCCAGGAACUACUUCAGGGCUACCAUAAGCAUUUUUCACCACUUAGAUGUGCUAUAAAGGUCGACCUCAUGAAAGCUUUUGAUUCAGUGGGGUGGGAGUUUCUUCUUGAUGCUCUUGACCUCUUUGGAUUCCCUCUUCCAUUUGUUUUCACAGCCAAUACAAAGAAGUUUAUAUCUCAAUCCACAGCCUUCAAAUUUCACUUAAGAUGCAGUAAUUUAGCAAUUGCAUACCUAAUUUUUGCUGAUGAUUUACUUCUGUUUUGCCGUGGUGACCUUGCCUCUAUAUCUACCCUUAAACAUGCCCUUUAUCACUUUUCAGCCCUUUCAGGAUUGAGCUCCAACAACUCCAAGAGCUCAUUCUUUGUCUCGGGUGUGGGCACUGAUCUAUCUAAUGAUAUCAAGGCUUUACUAGGGUUUAAUGAUGGCUCUCUACCUAUUAAGUAUUUAGGGGUCCCUCUGCUGUCCACUAGGCUUAAGGUUGAUGAUUGUCAUGGACUUGUUGAAAGAGUUACAAAAAGAAUUAAUCACUGGUCAUCCAAUUUUCUAUCUUAUGCAGGCAGAAUCCAGCUCAUUCAAGCAGUCAUCUACAGCACUGAAUAUAAGCAUUCGGGAGCUAAGGUGAAUUGGGUUGCUUGUUGUCAGCCUAAAGAGUUUGGGGAUUACCUCAUUCAGCAUUCCCCUGAAAUUUGUAAUAUCCCUUCACCAUCAGCAACUGAAAACUCCAUUGUUUGGAUUCUAUCACCCUCAGGGGUAUUCACACUGAGCUAUACAAUUGAGUGGCUCGGAGCUCACAACCACCCAAAACCUUGGCAACACUUGAUUUGGAAUACACUCUCGAUCCCUAGAUGCAAAUUCUCUCAGUGGCUCACAGUUCAGAAUCAUCUCUCCACCUAUGAUAGAGCAAGCAUGAGGCAUUUCACGGGCUCCAGAUUAUGUCAGUUUUGUGGCAUUGUGGAGGAAUCUUACAAUCAUUUGUUCUUCUCAUGUGCUUUCAUUCGACCAAUUUGGAUUGCUCUCCAAAACAAAUGUCGAUUUCAUCUUUCUCCUUCUUUGUGGAGUGACUUGGUGGAUCGUGUGGCUUCUUGCUGGGCAAGCAACAAUCUGAAAAAUUCCGUCAAUAAGCUCGCACUCUCUACUGCAAUCAACAAGAUCUGGCAGGAACGGAAUGACCGAAUCUUCAAAAACCAAACGAGCAAUCAGAUUUCAAUUUUCAGACAAAUCAUGGAUUUAGUAAGGCAGAGGCUUCUAACUACAUCUAUUAAAGACUCACCAUGUGCAAGAAGGUUGAAGUUAGAUUGGGACUUGCCAGAGUUCAUCAAACCACCUCCAAAGUCGCCGGAUCGCGCUGAUUAG